AUGGAAGGCGGAAUAAUGGAAACUCCAGAUACUACUCUUAGUGCAUCUAGUUAUGAAGAUGAUUCUUCAAAAGUUUGCUGUCAUCCUAAAGGACGACUAUGGAGAUUUUUAGGUUUAGCCCUAAUGUGUCUUCUGGGUUUUGGUUCAUAUUUUUGUUAUGACAAUCCUUCAGCAUUACAAGAUAAUUUUAAAAAUGAUUUGGAUUUGUCAACGAGUAAAUUCGUUUUACUAUAUUCAAUUUAUUCAUGGCCAAAUGUUGUUCUUUGUUUCAUCGGAGGAUUUCUUCUUGAUCGGAUAUUCGGUAUUAGAUUGGGAACGAUUAUAUAUAUGGCAUUAGCAUUAGCAGGACAAAUUGUCUUUGCAACUGGUGCUAUAGUUAAUAAAUUUUGGCUUAUGAUGCUUGGUAGACUUAUCUUUGGAAUUGGUGCUGAAUCUCUGGCAGUUGCUCAGAACAGUUAUGCAGUUCUUUGGUUUAAAGGAAAAGAAUUGAAUAUGGUCUUUGGACUACAGCUGAGUUUUGCUCGAGUCGGAUCAACGGUUAACUUUUUGGUGAUGGAACCUAUAUACAACUAUGUUGCUAAAGAUUAUUCUGGACCAGAAUGUAUCGGUAUCGUUUUAUUCCUUGCCUCACUGACAUGUGUAUUUUCCAUGAUAUGUGCUAGUUUACUUGGACUCAUGGAUAAACGUACAGAAACAAUAUUACGAAGAGGUCAUAAUGAAGAACCAAAAGUUGUAAGAUUGACGGAUAUUAAAGACUUCGAAGGAAUAUUUUGGUUGAUUGUUGUUAUUUGCAUAGCGUAUUAUAUGGCAAUAUUUCCGUUCAUUGCACUUGCAAAAGUAUUCUUUGAAAGAAAGUAUCAGUACAGCCCAGCAGCUGCUAAUACUGCAAAUUCAUUGAUUUAUUCUAUUUCAGCGAUAGCAUCACCGCUAUUCGGUUUUUUAGUUGAUAAAACCGGAAAGAAUGUGCUUUGGGUGUUUAUCAGCAUUGUGGGAACAAUUAUAGCACAUGGCUUAUUAGCAUUCACAUAUGUUGAUCCUUACACUUGUAUGAUAGCAAUGGGAUUAUCUUAUUCUAUGUUAGCUAGCAGUCUCUGGCCGCUUAUCGCACUUGUUAUUCCAGAAUAUCAACUGGGGACUGCUUAUGGACUCACGUUGAUAUGGGUGAUAGACUUUUCAAAAACUGGCGGUUAUUUGAACAUGACACCAAAACAACGCGAAAUUUAUGAAGAAAGUCAACCUUCUAUUAAUACCACGGAAAGAGAAAAAUUAUUAUCCGCUGGAUCAACAUCAGAUUUAUCUGGUGAUGAUUUAUUACAGCCACAGUCUGAUAUUAAUAUUAGGAAUCGUUAUUUAUCUCGCAUUGGCCCAAUAUUGCCAACACAAGCAAAAGCAACGACAUAUCGUGCACUACGAUGA